AAAUUUAUCAAUGAUAUAUUUGGAAUGGAAAUAUUUUACUGCAAACUUCAUGUAAUUAAUGACAAAUGAUAUAAGACUGCGAAAUAACAAUGGGAAACUAAAAGUGUUUCUGCAAAAUGCAUUGCUUUGGCAAUUUAAACUUCAUCUCAAUAAUGGAUAAUCACUUCUCAAAGAUGUUUGUAAUCAAGUUCAUUAUACUGCUUCUGUUUAUAAAGGAAGGUUUAUGUAUGGAUUUCCAGCUACGAGCUCCUCGAUUUCAACACGAACCUGCAAAUCGAAUAGAUUUCUCGAAUUCCACUGGAACUGUAAUUGCGUGCAACGCAGACGGCCGCCCUCCCCCGCUCAUACGGUGGGUCAAACAUGACGGAGAAGCCCUGCAAGAUUUACCGGGUUUGAGAUAUACACGUCAUGAUGGCUCCCUCGUAUUCCCUCCAUUCCCUAGUGAAGAAUACAGAGCUGAUGUGCAUGCAUCAAUUUACAGAUGUGAAGCAUCUAACAGAGUCGGUGUGAUUGGUAGUAGGGACGUGCAUGUGAGAGCGGUUGUUCUGCAGCACUAUGAAAUUCGACUUUUCGAUGAAUUUGUCUUAAGAGGAAAUAUGGCUGUCAUUCGUUGUCCUAUUCCAAGUUUUGUGAGCGACUAUGUUAAAGUAACAUCCUGGGAAAGAAUUGAUGGAUUUCUCAUUACGCCGGGAAUUAUCAGUGCUAAAUAUGGAAUGUUAGAAAGUGGAGAUUUAUACAUUAGAGAUACUACUGAGCACGACGGUUCAUACAGUUUUCGAUGUCACACAGAAAAUACAGUGACCAAAGAAAAGAAAGUCAGCAUGAAUUAUUCCAGAGUAAUUGUCACAGAGCCUCAUCACAACCAACCUCCACGGAUAACUCGACGUUUGAAUCGAGUACUCGUUCAAAUGGGCCAUCGAGCUACGCUUCCUUGUAUUGCUCAAGGCUAUCCAGUACCAGCCUAUCGAUGGCAUAGAGCCCAGGCAGACCAAAGACCUCUUCCUGAUCAUACUAUAUCAGUCAGCCAAGAAGGAGGUGUCCUGAUAUUCCAUAAAGUAGUACCCAGUGAUACCGGGCGUUAUGUAUGUCAUGUAACAAAUGUUAUGGGAGAAGAUAAAGUGGAUACGGAACUCAUAGUGGAAGAGCCACAUAGAGUUGCCAUCACACCAGCCGAACUUCGAUUAGAAGUUGGAAAGACAGCAACUCUCAACUGUUCUGUGGUUGGAAAUCCUGCUGGAUCCGUGACAUGGAAGAAAGACAUGCUGACGAUACUGCCGAGCCCGAGAGUGAUAUUUCCUAAUCCAUAUCUCCUGCAAGUUCGACAAAUUCGAAGGCAAGAUGCUGGCAUGUACCAGUGCUUCGUCCACAGAGAGCUUAAUUCAGCACAAGCCGCUGCUAGAAUCAUUAUAGGCGACCUGUCACCAACGAUGAAGCUAACUUUUCCUGAGAAGACAGUCCGUCCCGGAAGGUAUGUCUCUCUUACGUGCAUUGCCUCGGGACAUCCGGAACCCCUGAUACGCUGGACUCUGGACGGCAUAUGGCCGUUGUCCACACGGCAUGGUGUCCUCAUCAGUUCUUACCAGACGAGCAAUGGCGAUGUUGUCAGUUCUGUCAACUUCACUUCCGUCAGUGUGAGCGACAGUGGUGUCUACUCCUGCGAGGCAUCCAAUGACGCGGGAUCAGUGAGUUAUUCGAAGAGGCUGAACGUAUUUGGCCCACUUUUCAUUAGGACAGUUAAUAAUCUGACAGCCCUCGCGGGAGAAGCGUUUAUGACCUUGUGUCCUUUUGGGGGCUAUCCCUUCGAUGCUAUUCGCUGGAAAAGAGAUGAACGAAUACUUCCUGUCAAUCAGAGGCAGAGAGUAUUCCCAAAUGGAACUUUGCUCAUCGCUGGCAUGCAGCCAGGAGUGGACGAUGGCAUUUACAGCUGUGAGGUCAGCCCUGGUCAAGAUAUGACAACCGUUUCACGUUCCUUCCGUAUCAUCAUUCGCACUAAGCCGAAAGUGUCAAAAUUUUCAUUUCAAGACAAUCUCCAUGAAGGAAUGAGAACAGCAGUAACUUGUAUUGUAGUAGCAGGAGAUGGCCCUUUAACAACUAGAUGGCUUAAAGAUGACCUACCUUUGGAUGAAAAAGCACUGGACGCUACAGUGAUACCUGCAGAAGAAGGGUUUGUUUCAACAAUAACUAUAAAAUCAUUGGCUCACAAACAUAAUGGAAAUUAUUCAUGUUUGGCAACUAAUGAUGUCGGUACAGGAUCUUUCAGUGCUAUACUCACUGUAAAAGUUCCCCCACGAUGGAUUCUUGAGCCCAGCGACACGUAUGCAGUAGCUGGUCGAUCAGCGAUAAUUGAUUGCCAGGCGGACGGAGUGCCACAACCACACGUACGUUGGAAAGUCGCUACAGAUCAUCCGCCGGACAGAUUUAAAACCAUUGUCAGUAGUUCGCAUGUACACAUCCUUGUCAAUGGGUCUCUCAACUUUAGGAGCGUGGAAACUUCUGAUGCUGGGUUUUAUCUCUGUGAAGCUAAUAAUGGAGUUGGAUCAGGCCUAAGUACAGUUGUACGAUUGACAGUUCAUAGCGCCCCUCAAUUUCAUUCCAAGUUUAUGGUACUCAGCGCGAGGCGUGGAGAACGUUGCCUGAUUGAGUGCAUCCCUAGUGGAGAUCGACCAAUGAGAUUUAUUUGGAGAAGAAAUGGACAAAUAGUAGAUCCAUCAAAUGAAGCCAGGUAUUCUCAGAACGUGGAAGAAAUGGACGAGCUUGGAAUAAAAGCGUCACUUAUCAUAGAAAAAGCUGAACGUAAGGACUCUGCUCUUUUUAUGUGCACAGCUGCUAAUGACUUUGGUGAAGAUACAAUGAACAUUCAAGUUACAAUCAAAGAUAUUCCAGAUGCUCCCCAGAACUUGGAAGUUCACGAUGUCUCCAGUAGGAGUAUAAGACUGACUUGGGAUCGACCAUUCGACGGGAACUCUCCGAUCACUCAAUACACUGUCAUGUGGAGGCAAACAGAUGAACCAAAAGAAAGACAUUUUCAAAAAGAUCAGACAACAGGUGGGCCCAUAACAACUCAUGGAAAUGAAAGAUCUGUGACUGUGAGAGGCCUGAAGCCGAAAACUAGAUAUUUUUUCAGAGUGAAAUGCCUUAAUGCUUUGGGAGAAAGUCAAUAUGGUGCUGAAGUAGCAGUAACAACACUGGAAGAACCACCUAGAUUAGCUCCGAGAAACUUGAGAGCCAUAGCAACAUCAUCGAAGAGUGUGAAUGUAUCUUGGGAACUAUCGCUCGAUGAAGAUGAUGCAUCUAACAUCGAUGGUUUCUACGUCGGCUAUAAAAUAACUACAAGCCCUGAGCCAUAUACGUUUAUUCCUGUGGACAAAUCUCACAAUUCUGAAAUGCAGUCUUUUGAAUUGGUUAAUUUGAAGCGCUUUACUGAAUACAACUUUAUAAUACAAGCCUAUAACAAGCGAGGAGCUGGCCCACCGUCAGAAGCUGCCAUCACUAAAACAUUGGAAUUUGACAGACCAGCUCCUCCUACCAUCAAGAGCUAUUAUUCUACAUCUACUUCCAUAAAAAUAUCCUGGGAGUAUAAUAGCUAUCCAAACGCUCCAGUUACUGGUUUCAUACUUCAUCACAGAAUGGACGGUACUCCGUGGCAAGAGACACAUGUGACAGGGGAGCGUACAGUGUAUACGUUGCAUGAUCUUCUAUGCGGCACAAAAUAUUACUGUUUCAUUGUUGCUACAAAUAGUGCUGGGAGAGGAAAUAGCAGUGAAAUAAUAUCUACUAAAACAGCUGGAAGUUCACCAUUAGCUCCUGACAAAAGACUUCUUCUUUCGGUCAACUCAACAACAGUUACUGUAAACCUUAACAGCUGGCACAAUGGUGGAUGCCCUGUUAGAUUCUUUGUUAUCCAAUACAAAAUUAGUGGUCAUCAAGAAUGGACUUUAGUCAGUAAUAAUGUUAUACCUGAGCAGCAAACUGUUACAAUUACAGAUUUAGUACCAGGAACGUGGUAUUCUUUGCUUAUGACAGCAAGAAAUGAUGCAGGAUCAACUGAUGCAGAGUAUAUAUUUGCUACAUUGACACUUUCUGGAGAAUAUCCGCCACGUCCCUCUGAAGUAAGCGAUGUUACAAGCCCUUUCUAUCGGCAUCUGACGAUAACCGUCCCUGUCGUGAGUUCAGCCAUUGUUUUAAUUUUAGUGAUUUGCGUGGUCUGCGUAAUCACAAAGAGGAGAACGCCCGGAUGCCGCCCCAGAACCCCAGAUGGAGCCGAUGGGAGUGACACAGUGAAACAGGAGAAUAUUCCUCUUUCUGCCACAUACGAUAGUGGGCAAGAUCCUACUUACUAUCCAGCCCCAUAUGCAACAAGUAGAGUACAAAGUUACAACAGAGAACACUGUGUGCACCCAAGUUUAGGAAAUCAACAGAAUACCGGCACUUUUGGAAGUACACGAAGUGGAUACACAUACAACAUCCCUUGUCCUCCAAGAAGAAAUGAAAAGGAGGAAUGCAUCUAUCAAACCCCAGCCAUUUAUUUUUCAACGUAUCAUCACACAGAACUAAGAACGCAAAGAGAACACGCAAUUUAUGAAGUUCCAGACAGAGGAAGAAUGAUUCUAGAAGGAGGAAAAUUCUGGCGAGAAGCUGGAGAUGGAAAUUCCAGCACAGAAUCAGAUAACGAAGACAUGUUGUUUUCUUUACGCUCAACGGAUGAAAUAAUACUUCGAGAAGAAGCAAGAGAAUCUGAAACAGAAUGUGAUAGAUUAUGGAAAACCUAUGAGGUAACUCAAUGCCAAGAAGUAAGCAGAUGGGCAGAAGAAGUUCUAGUUUCAUAAUCAUAACUACUGAUAUGUUUUAUCGAACUUGUUUUCAUGCAUGCAUGCCAAAAACGUGUAUAUGGCAACUAAUGUGAUCAUGUUAUUCUUUGGAAAUCAUCGCAGCUACAAAAUGUCUUCCUGAAGUGAAGAUUGGCAGUAUUAAGUUUACAUGUCAUUAUAAUCAUUCCAUUUUUCUGAAACAUAAAUAGAAGCAGAUUGAAAGGAGGAAAUGCAUUGAUUUAUU